AUGGCACCUGAUAAGCAAUGGAUGCAACUUAUUCAUAAUAGACUUGAUGAUGCUUAUAUACAUGGGGUAGAAAGCUUUUUGAAUUAUACUUUUACAAGAUUGAGGAAAGCGAAUGAAAUAAGAUGCCCAUGUGUCAAAUGUUGUAAUGCAGUUUCUCGAACACGAGAGAUUGUUAGAUCACAUUUAAUAGUACAUGGAAUGAUCCAAAAUUAUACCUUUUGGUAUCACCAUGGAGAGAGGAUAGGUGAGACAGAAGAAUCAGAUGAUGAAAAUGAAAUUGGCGAGGAUGAUGAAGAGGAUGAAAUACAUGAAAUUCUUACAGAUUUACAUCCUGCUUUUAAUAUAGAAAAUAUGAAUACUGGCGGUGAUGAUAUUCCCGAGGAGGAACCAAAUCCUGAAGCGAAAAGAUUCUAUAGUCUUUUAAAGGAAUAUGAUCAACCACUAUACAAAGGUUCAAAACUUUCAAAACUUUCUACUUUGGUGAAAUUGCUUCAUAUUAAAAGUAUUGGUCGUUGGAGUAAUGACUCAUUUAAUAUGUUACUGAAGAUGUUAAAGAAUGAUUUGUUGCCUGAUGAAUCAAACUUGCCAGAUUCAUAUUAUGAAGCAAGGAAACUAAUUCGAAGCCUAGGGCUUUCAUAUGAUAAGAUUGAUGCAUGUAAGAAUGAUUGCAUGUUAUAUUGGAAGAAUGAUAAGUUAGUUGAUUCUUGCAAAAUUUGUGGUGCAUCUAGAUGGAAGGAGGAUAAAAAUAGUGGAGAAACUAGACUUAGAAAGGGAAAAAAGAUACCACACAAGAUCUUACGCUAUUUUCCUUUAAAGACAAGGCUUCAAAGAUUGUUUAUGUGCUCAAAAACAUCUUCUUUAAUGAAAUGGCAUCAUGAAAACAAAGCUAGUGAUGGGAUUAUGAGGCAUCCAGUUGAUUCAAAAGCAUGGAAAAAGUUUGAUGAACUUCAUCAAUCAUUUGCUAUGGAGCCUCGUAAUGUUAGACUUGGACUUGCUAGUGAUGGUUUUCAACCAUUUGGAUGUUCUAGAACUCCAUAUAGUAUUUGGCCGGUGGUACUUAUUCCUUAUAAUUUACCACCUUGGUUAUGCAUGAAACAGGAAAAUUUUAUUUUGUCAAUGCCUAUUCCCGGUUCUGGAAGUCCCGGAGAUGCAAUUGAUGUUUAUCUUCAACCAUUGAUUGAUGAAUUAAAUGAAUUAUGGAAAACUGGAGUUGUUACCUUUGAUGCGUCAAUUAAACAGAACUUCACGUUGCAUGCUACUUUAUUGUGGACCAUUAAUGACUUUCCAGCUUAUGCAAAUCUAUCUGGUUGGAGUACAAAAGGAAAAUUAGCUUGCCCAUGUUGUAAUAAAGAAACAAUCUCAAUUAGGUUGAAUAAUGGUCAAAAACAGUGUUAUAUGGGUCAUAGACGCUUUCUUCCUCUUAAUCACAAAUGGAGGAAAGAUAAAAAGUCAUUUGAUGAUGGGUUACCUCUAACAAAUGAUCCAAAGAAGAAGAUUAAAGUAUCACAUGAGAAAAGAGGUGAUAAUUGGAAUAAGAAGAGUAUUUUUGUUUAUCUUCCAUAUUGGAAAACUUUGUUGUUGCGGCAUAAUUUAGAUGUGAUGCACAUUGAGAAGAAUAUAUGUGAUAAUAUUUUGGGAACAAUCUUAAAUAUCAAAGGCAAAACAAAAGACACCCUGAGCAGUCGCUUGGAUUUGCAAGAAAUGAACAUCAGGAAAGAAUUACAUCCAAAAGAAAAUGGAGACAAGUAUGAGCUACCAACAGCAUGUUUCACAUUAUCUCCUGAAGAGAAGCACAAGUUUUUAAAUUUUUUGAAGGAUUUAAGGGUUCCUGAUGGAUUUUCAUCAAAUAUUUCUCAUUGUAUCAAUAUGAAAGAUCACAAAAUCUCAGGAUUAAAAAGUCAUGAUUGUCAUGUUAUUCUUCAACAUUUAAUCCCACUUGCCAUACAUAGUAUGCUAUGCACGGAGGUGCGUGAGACAAUAAUUGAGUUGUCAUUGUUUUUCAAUAUUCUUGGAGCAAAGUGCUUAAAACUAGAGGAGUUGGAACAAAUAGAAGAACAAAUUCCUGAAACUCAAUGCAAGUUAGAAAAGGUUUUCCUUCCUGCUUUUUUUGAUGUCAUGGAGCACUUGCCAAUUCAUUUAGCUAAUGAGGCUAUGAUUGCUGGACCUGUUCAAUAUCGAUCAAUGUAUCCAAUAGAGCGAUGGUUAUACUUUUUGAAGCUUUUUAUUCGUAAUAGAUCAUGCGUUGAAGGUUCUAUUGCAGAGGGACAUAUAGCAAAUGAAUUUAUGACCUUAUGUUCAAGGUAUUUGCAUACAAUGGAAACAAAAUUUAAUCGCCUUGAACGGAAUUAUGAUGGGGGUGCUAUAGAAUCUGAUGGAGGUUUAAUGAUUUUUUGUCAACCUGGAAAAGCUUUAAAAGGUGGCAAGACACACCGACUUGAUUUAAAAGAAAUGGAGCAAGCCUAUAUUUAUAUUUUGAAGAAUUGUGAUGAAGUUCAACCAUUUCUCGAAGAGUUUUCUCAAGUUCCAGGUGAUUCCUCUCAAAAAAAUUCAGAUAGACAAUUCAUCAGUUGGUUUAAAGAAAAGAUUGCAGGAUUAUACGAACAUGACAAUAGUAAGAAAAUGGAAGAUUUACUCACAUUGUCACGUGGUCCUAUGAAAUACGUGACAAGUUUCAAAGGCUACAUUAUUAAUGGGUAUAGAUUUCAUGUACAAGAUUAUGAUAACGGUUUGAGGACUCAAAAUUGUGGGAUAGUUGUUGCCGGUGAGACUGAUGAAGAAGAUAGAAUAAUUGAUUACUAUGGAGAACUAACAGAGAUUCUUGAAUUACAAUUUAUCGGGGGGAGAAGAUUGGUUUUGUUUAGAUGUAUGUGGUAUGACGUAUAUGACAAAGAAAGGGGAGUUAAAAUGGAUGAAUAUGACUUUGUGAGUGUUAACCCACAACGAUUUUUGAAAACGGAUGAGCCUUUUGUAUUAGCCAAUCAAGCAUCACAAGAAACAAGUACGCGAAACGCAAGGAAUAGGUCUAAGUUGAGUAUGCCUCACCGUACGGGUAGCAAGCCAAUUAGAGAGAUAAUUUAUGAAUUGGGAGGAAAGCAUGGUAAUCCACCGGACAUGGCGACUAUCUUCUUUGAGACUCGUAAGAAGGACAACAAGCUUCUCGAACCUGAAACUAAUAAAAAAUAUGAUGAAAUUCAAGAACUACUACAAGUUGAGCCGUCGCUUACUAAUAUCGAGGUGGUAGAAAGAUGUUUCGGACCGCAAAGCAAGAGUCAUGUGAUUGGAUUUGGUGGUGGAAUAACCAGUAGGGAUUUGAAAGGAGGCAGCGCUGCAAAGACUGCACUGUUAGAAGAGCUAAAUACGAGUCCAAAGGAAAAGGCUGCACUAUUAGAAGAACUGAAUGCGACUCGAAAAGAAAAUGAAUCAAUUAAAAGACGCUUGGAUAACAUAGAGAAGAAAUGUGAAAUGUUUGAUAGUGCAAUCUUUAGAGAUCCUUCAUCACCACCAUCAUCAAGUGAAUAA